AUGAGAGCAGCAACUUCUAGUUCUUCGUUACGACAACUACAAGCUCUGGGUAGACAUCUGUCGAGGAUCGAGACACCGAGGCUUGUGGUUAUGGAGAGCGCCUUUGCGUAUAACAGGGAGAAGAUGGACCAUGUUUUCAAUGUUCAUGAAAAUCUUUUGAAGUGCGAUUUCCGUCCGCACGCUAAGGCCCACAAGAGCCCAGCCAUUGCACGCAUACAGCUGGAGGACGGUGCAGUAGGAUUUGCAUGCCAGACUCUCACCGAAGCGGAGGCUUGUGUUAAGGGCGGAGCUAAAGACAUCCUCGUCUCGAACGAGCCUCAGCUGCAAGCCGAUUCUCUGAAGAGGCUGGUGGACAUCGCGAGUCGUAUCGACUCCUUGAAGGUGUGUGUGGAUCAUCCACAUCAAGUAGCAUGCUUAUCAGCGGCCGUAAUGCAGUAUAAUCCUAAAGUCAAUGUAGAGUGUGUGAUUGAUGUCGACGUUGGGCAAGGUCGUUGUGGCCUGUCUACACCUGCAGAGGCUGUUACUCUGGCCCAGAGCGUCCUGAGCCUUGAAGGGCAGGGAGUGACAUUCAAGGGUGGGAUACAGGCGUAUCAUGGAGGUAUACAACAUAUAAGAGAUCCAGUGGACCGGAAGAAUGAGAGUGAUGUCGUGGUCCAAAUUGUGGAGGAAGUCCGGAGGGAGUUCGCCAGAGCUGGUUUGCUCAUCACUAGUGUUACGGGUGGGGGAACUGGUUCCUUUACGAUGGAGGGCAACAGUGGACAGUUCACGGAGGUCCAACCAGGGUCGUAUAUUUUCAUGGAUGCUGAUUACUGUGCUAACCAUGACGACAUCUUCAAACCCAGCCUAUUCGUACUGUCCAGUAUCAUAAGCAUUGGUGAUGGGCGUCUUGUGCUGGACGUUGGUACUAAAGGCAUGGACUACAGCUGUAUCAAGUCCCCAGUGUUCUAUGGUUCGGUUCCUGAUGGGCGUGGUCCCGUCGAAGUGUCACCCUACUUUGGUGCUGCAGGAGGAGCGGCUAAAGGCAUCACAGUUCAUUGCGCUGGGGAUGAGCACACAGUUUUGAAGGGCAGCAACGAGUCUCUUAGAAGCUUGGUCGGGGAGCGCCAUUGUGCAAGGCCUGGUGGAGCCGUCUUGAUCCAGCCAGGCCAUUGUGAUCCAACUGCCAACAUGUAUGACCACAUGCUUUACGUCGACGAUGAGACUGCUACCGUCAAGGACGUUUGGGAGAUCAACCGAGCUGCUGGUGGAUAAACAGAAUAGAUUCGGGUUUCUUAUCUUUAUCAGUUUCAG